CUUAGCUCGUCAGUGCCUACUCGGUAGCUCUUUAAAUCUCCCACUACCAAUUGUGCAACUUCUGCAAAAUCUCUGCAAGAAGUUUCAGUCGUUGAAUGUGUCUCCUCGCGACUAGUUACCAAAAAUUCACUAAUUUCAAAACUUUGUCAUAAUCAUUGUUAGUUUUUUGAUUGUGUUCAACAGUAAAAAAAAAAAAAAAAAAAAAUAAAUAAAUAAAAAAAAUUUAUGAGUAAAUUAACGAAAAGACACGUGAUGUGUACACAUAGUUUAAAAGUUUAAUAAAUAAACAAUAAAUUUAUUUAAAUAAAAGUGAUGUCAAAAUUUUGGAAACGCGGCUCUGCCGCGUACACGGAUGUUCAUCUUCUCAUUUAUCUUCUCCUACUCACUGGGUUUCUCAUCAACGAUACGUACGCUCAGAAGAGUUUAGAAUUUUAUGAUCUUCUACCAGAAGACCCGAAAUUGUAUGACAAAAUGAGACCGCCUAAAAAAGAUGGACAAGCGACUACGGUUUUUUUUCAUGUUACUGUUAUGGGUCUAGAUUCUAUUGAUGAAACUUCGAUGACUUAUGCUGCUGAUAUUUUUUUCGCUCAAACAUGGAAAGAUAAUAGACUGCGACUUCCUGAGAACAUGACUUCUGAAUACAGAUUACUAGAAGUUGACUGGCUGAAAAAAAUGUGGAGGCCUGAUUCAUUCUUCAAAAAUGCUAAAUCGGUAACUUUUCAGACUAUGACCAUACCCAAUCAUUAUUUGUGGCUUUACAAAGACAAGACUAUUUUGUAUAUGGUCAAAUUAACGCUAAAGUUAUCAUGUGCCAUGAAUUUUUUAAUUUAUCCCCAUGAUACUCAAGAAUGUAAGCUUCAAAUGGAGAGUUUGUCGCACACAACGGAUGAAAUGAUCUUCCAGUGGGAUCCAGACGUGCCCCUAGUUGUUGAUGAGAACAUUGAGCUACCACAAUUGCAGCUAGUUAAGAACUAUACUGCAGACUGCACUCAAGUUUACUCAACGGGUAAUUUCACAUGUCUUGAAGUAAUAUUUGUGUUGAAACGACGACUCGGAUACUAUUUAUUCCACACAUACGUACCAACGUGUUUGAUUGUCAUCAUGUCGUGGGUGUCAUUUUGGAUAAAACCAGAGGCCGCACCAGCUCGAGUUACUCUUGGCGUGACAUCUCUGCUGACAUUAUCAACGCAGCAUGCAAAAAGUCAAGCGUCUUUGCCUCCUGUUUCGUAUCUAAAAGCGGUGGAUGCUUUCAUGUCUGUUUGCACGAUAUUCGUGUUCAUGGCGCUUAUGGAGUAUUGUUUAGUGAACAUUGUGCUGGGUGAUAAUGAUGCUCCCUCAGCACCUAAACCACCUCCCCCGCCUCCGGCUACUACGUCAACCAGCACUGGUGAUACUAAGCUUGAUAAAAUAUUUGAUAUUGCUUCUAAGGAGAACGCAAUGUUAUUAUCGGGUCGGUCACAGAAGUCUGCAACUUUAGCACCACCACCAGGUCUUACGCCUGCUCAAAAAGCAAGAUUGCGAGCCCUGAACAUUGAUCGAACCUCAAGAGUAUUUUUCCCAGCUGUCUUUGCUUUACUCAACGUCACUUACUGGAUAAUUUUCGCUAAAUACAUCUAGAACAACUGGCGAGAACAAUAUACGACAUUACCAAAUAUAUAUGUUACAUUUGUACAUAUGUAUGUCUUCAACGGUCUCGCCGCUGCCGUCCGAAGUCCUGUCGUCUAAUAAAUUAUAUUAUUUUAAUUCGUACUUAAUAAUUAUCAAAUAAUCAUUUAUUAGACGUGUUAAUAAUAAAUGAUAAAUA